CUGCGCAUGCCUCAAUGAUUUACAUUUGCAUUCGUGACUCUGUCCGAUAAGUGGUCGCAUUUUGAUAAUUUUCUUGGAAUAAAUUUAAAUUAAAGACUGAGACGUGCGUGCUGAAGGGGACAGAGGCAAAAACCACGACUAAUUCCCACGUCGAGACGUCAUAUUUUUUUUUUUCAUAUGCCUGUGAAAGUUGUGAAUAAAACAGAAGAAUGCGUUUUUCAUCUUUGUAUGUGGUGAUCCUGGGUAUUCUCGGGGCCGUGGGAGCCGAAUCUGCCGAAUGGAACACCAAGGAUUUUAUGAAAAGGGAGCACUCCCUCAUCAGGCCUUAUCAAGGGAUGGGCAUGACAAUACCGUACUGGGACUUCAUGGGGAGUACUAUGGUGACGAAUGAUUAUAUCAGGAUCACUCCAGAUCUCCAGAGUCAGCAGGGAGCCCUCUGGAACUCGGUGCCGUGCAACGUACGCAACUGGGAGAUGCAGUUGCACUUUAAGGUUCAUGGAAAGGGCCGAGAACUAUUCGGGGAUGGGUUUGCGAUAUGGUAUGCCAAGGACAAAAUGCAGUCGGGGCCUGUCUUUGGGAAUAAGGAUUUCUUCCAUGGGUUGGCUGUCAUCCUGGAUACAUAUAGCAAUCACAACGGUCCUCACAAUCAUCAACAUCCUUUCAUCUCUGCAAUGGUCAACAACGGUUCCCUGCAUUACGACCACGACAGAGAUGGAACGCAUACACAAUUAGCCGGAUGUGAAUCGAAAUUCCGGAAUCUUGAGCACGAUACGCACAUCGCUGUGAGAUACGAAGGAGAUACCCUCACUGUGUCAACGGAUAUUGAUAAUAAAGCUGCUUGGAAGCCGUGCUUUACGGUCAGUGGCAUUAAGUUGCCAACUGGCUAUCACUUUGGUAUCACAGCAACCACUGGAGAUCUCUCUGAUAACCAUGACAUUCUUUCUGUUCGUUUAUUCGAGUUGGAUCUACCGAAUGAGCCAAAGGAUACAGAGGACAGGUCUAAUAUAAUCCCAUCAGCGACGUUCUUCGAGUCCCCGAGGGAUCACGUGGAUGAUCCGAAACCCUCUUCACUCAGUGGCAUAAAAAUAUUCCUCCUGAUGCUGGUGGCAGCUAUUGCCCUGAUCGCCUGUGUCGUUAUCGGUGUUAUGUUCUAUCAGAAGCACCAGGAAAACAGCCGAAAGCGAUUCUACUAAUCACUCGAUGUUUCAGCAAACCGAAUCAAUAAUUACGGAAUUUUUACAAAAUGUCUGGAUGCAAAUGAGUGAGUGCGAAAAUUGUUCAUUGGUUUAAUUAUUGUUCUUCGAGGUAUGGAGAGAAUAUCCACGGACUCAUCUAAUCGACUAUAGAUAGACUCAAUGAAUGUGUAAAAUAUUUAACCAUCAGAUGUCUUGUAAUUCCCUCUCUUGGAAUUUUUAAAUUAAUUUGAAGUGUCAUAAAAUAUU